UUGUGAUGAAAUCAUUAAAAAACAUUUCAAUUAAUUUUAAAACUGUUUUUCAAAACUAAUAUCAAUUAAACAUUUUAUUUGAUUUUGUUAUGAAUCGACUGUUGACUACAUUGUUGUCAUAUAAUAGCCGUAAAAAUGUCGCGAAAACAGUGUUUAUGUCCACCGAAGUGGUCAACAAAGUGAAGACAUGGACGCCGGCAAUGAUGCGACCAAUUUGUUUGAUGACUUCGGUUAACAAUAACAUGAAAUCAAAACAUUGUCUGUUAUGGCCAUCAAAUGGUAUCCAAUCAAUGGUGACAAUCAAACACUUUGCGACCACAAGAAGUGAUACAAAAGACAUGUCAACUACAAGACAAUCGGCGCUAAACAGCGAUAAACAGACAGCAAAGUCUAAGAAGAGACGAAAAAAGACAGCUAUUGUCAACACGACUGACAGCUUUUUGCCGAUUAUGGCCUUCAGUACGGCUGAUGAAUACAAUAUGGAUGAGUUGGCCGACGGUCUCAAAGAACAGGGUUUAUACGAUUUGAAUCACUUUAAUGAAGAGGUCGAGGAUGUGCUUCAUUUAACCGCCAAAUAUGAGAUAAAUAAUAUCAGAAGAGAAGCCUUUAUAUUUAGAGAGGGAACCAUUGUUUGUUGGAAUAUGCCUUUUGUUGAGUGUGAAGCAAUUAUCAAUCUAUUGAAACAUUUUGAGAACAACUCAUACGACAAGAGUCUGGUUGAAGAAGAACAAGAAGUGAUGCCAUACGAGUUAGUUAACUCAAAAUCGCGUCUUCAAAAAGGUUUGAUAUGUUUGGCAAACAAAAGCAACGAAUCAUUGCUAGAAAGGUAUGCCUUUUCCGAUGCCAUCGCAAUGUCCGUUAAACUUGCGAUUUGGGAAGCAAUGCUUGAUAAAUAUAUACAGAGCAUUGAAUUCGUUAGUCAGGACAUGAAAGCGGGUAACAAAUUAAGACUAACUCGCGAUCAAGUUUUUAAGAAAGCCGGUGAACUGUUUGAUCUGAAACAUCACAUCAAUUUAAGCUCAGACCUGUUGGAUACACCAGACUUUUAUUGGGAUAGACAUGAAUUAGAGAAGUUGUUUUUGGAUACAAUUUAUUUUUUGAAUAUUAAAAAGAGAACUAAUGUUAUGAAUGAAAAACUUAAUCAUUGUAUUGAGUUAAUGGAGUUGUUGUCCAAUAAUCUGAAUCAUAGACACGGAGCUCAACUCGAAUGGAUGAUAAUUGUGCUCAUUAUGGUUGAGGUGUUAUUUGAAUUUAUACAUUAUGCCGACCGGAUUUUUUAAUAAUUUUUAAAAUCAUAUUUAUUUAUAUAAAAUAUAUA